CAAAAACCAUCAGAAAAAGCAUCAGCGCUAACUUAGCUCGGUUCCGCAUCCAGAGAUGUCUUCUUCUGGGUCAAGGAGCUCAUCCCACGGCGGCGCCAACCCGGAGUGGAGCAAGAAGGAGAAUAAGCUGUUCGAGGAGGCACUCGCCUACUACGGCGAGGGCAUGCCCGACCGCUGGCUCAAGGUGUCCCGUGCCAUGGGCGGGACCAAGAAUGCCGACGAGGUGCGCCGCCACUACGAGAUCCUUGACGGCGACAUCAAGCUGAUCGACUCCGGCAGGGUCCCUUUCCCCAAGUACAACACCCAGGGGGCUUGGAACUGA